UCAAAUGUGAAUAAAAAGAAUUCCGAAAUCCCCAACUGUCCAUCGUCGCCACCCGCCACCGUUCCUCCAUAUAAAACCGGUUUCGCAGUCGAGUUAAAAGAGAAACCCCAUAUCGCCGACGGCUGCUAAACAACACCGAAAACAAUUUAUAUUCAGUUGUUCACAUACAAAAACCGAAGACUGCGGCUGCGGCGGCGCGGAAAGAAAAUGGUGGAUCUUAAUCAGAGCGGUGACGGUGACUGGCACCACCAUUACCACCAUCACAACCUCUUGCCGAAGCGGAUAAUCCUGGUCCGGCACGGCGAGUCUCAGGGGAACCUCGACACCGCCGCGUACAGCCACAUACCGGACCACAAGAUCCCGCUCACCGAAGCGGGUCGGGCCCAGGCGCGAGAGACGGGCGCCCAGUUACAUGACCUGAUCUCCUCCGACUGUGGCAAUUCAACAAACACUUGGCGGGUGUACUUCUACGUCUCCCCGUACGACCGGACUCGAUCCACGCUGCGGGAGAUCGGCAAAGCCUUCGAUAGGAAGCGGAUCAUAGGGGUUAGAGAAGAGUGCCGGGUGCGUGAACAGGAUUUCGGGAAUUUCCAGGUCGCAGAGAGGAUGAAGGUUAUAAAAGAGGCCAGGGAGAGGUUUGGGAGGUUCUUCUUCCGUUUCCCUGAAGGAGAAUCUGCUGCUGAUGUCUUCGAUCGCGUUUCCAAUUUUCUGGAGUCACUAUGGAGAGACAUAGACAUGAACAGGCUACACAAGGACCCAUCCCAUGAGCUUAACCUCGUGAUCAUAACCCACGGACUAACUUGUCGAGUAUUCCUCAUGAAGUGGUUCAAGUGGACGGUCGAGCAAUUCGAGCUACUAAACAACCCCGAGAACUGCGAGUUCAGAGUAAUGCAGUUGGGAGCCGGGGGAGAAUACAGCCUGGCGAUCCACCACACAGAGAGAGAGCUCCGAGAGUGGGGGCUCUCGGAGGCCAUGAUCGCGGACCAAAAGUGCCGUGCCUCAGCUAGUAAGGGCAAUUGGAACGAGAACUGUCCCUGGUUCCUAGACGAGUUCUUUGACCCUCCACUUGAAGAGCUUAGCAAGGAAAAUGAUGAAUGCUAUGAUCUUUCUCAGGAGUCGAGUCCUAUGUCUAUAAACUCAAAAGAAGAAUAGAAACCCAUGAUUCUUUAUAGAAUGCAGGUCCUUCCCAUUGUUUGUGUGUACACAUACUAGGCUUUGUUGAUGGUUUAGUUGGUAGAAGAAGAUCAAAUGUAAUAGCAGGGUCUUUUACAAUUGCCAAUUUCUAUGGUAUUGGAUUUAGAAUUUAUCUGUAAAGAAGAUAAUUGAUUGCUUUACUCCUCAUAAUAGAUAUCCAUGUCAAUAGCCGACCAAGUCUUGAAUCCUUGAGGGAGGUGGUUGCUCCUUUAUCCUACAGGAUAGGGCAGUGAACGAAUAGAUGGUUCAUUAGGCA